AUGUCGACGCCUCGACAAAGCACAGGCCAAUCUGGGAGCAGACACAGAUCGACGUUGUCAUUACAAAAGACCGAGGUCACAAUCCACGUUUACGACCUGCUGCCACCAGGAAGACUUUCAUCGGUUCUUUGGACUAUUGGUGCGUCGCUGCUUCACUCCGGCGUGGUCAUCUGUGGUAAAGAAUAUGCGUAUGGUGGCCAUGAUAAGCGCGGUGUAACUGGUGUUUACUGGACCAAACCCAAGACCGAACCCCCUGGCGGCACGUUUCGAUGCGAAAUACUGCAGGGAUUUACCCUUGCCACUCAGGAUGAGAUUGAUACUGCAUUGCGCGCUGCGUCCGAGGAGUUUCUGGGCACAUCGUACAACCUUCUGACCAAGAACUGCAACCACUUCACGUCGUUCCUAUGUCAAAAAUUGACUGGCAACGCUGGCCCUGCCUGGCUCAACAGGGCCGCGAGUAUCGGCGUUGCUCUACCUUGCGUAGUACCUCGAGAAUGGAUCGAACCACCCGAAUACGAAACUGCGGACGGCGAGCUAUUAGAUGACGAUGAGGACGUUGCAGAUGAGUCUUCGCGUAUGCUUUCUCGGGCCGAGCCACAUUUCUUAUCCGAAAGGGAUGAUGCUAGCGUAGAGUGGGAUAGCGAGGACGAGAGGCGGAGAGGUGGUAGCGGGAAAGGGAAACGAGUUGUACGGGAUUCCUCUGGGCGAAGCCUUCCAGCAGCAGAGCGAGCCCCGCGGUAG